AUGAUUAAAAUAAUAAUUAUAUCACUAUCAAACGUAAUAAAUAUUAAUUUUAUUAAAUUAAGACACCCGAUAUCAAUAAUACUUUUCAUUAUCCUACAAACUUUCCUAGUUGGAUUAAUAACAGGAACAAUAAUGGAAAGAUAUUGGUUAUCAUAUAUUUUAUUUUUAACGUUUCUUGGUGGUAUAUUAGUUCUAUUUAUUUAUAUUACGAGAAUUGCAUCAAACGAAAUAUUUCAACCUAAAUCAAUUACGAUAAUUAUUACAUUAACAAUAUGAAUAUUUAUUAUAUCAACAUUAAUUAUUUUAGAUAUAUCAAUAUUUAUAGACUUUUUCAAAAAUACUGAAACUAUAAAUAUUGAUAAUUCAAUCAAUUUUCAAGAAAUAACAAUAUCUUUAGAAAAACUAUAUAAUAGACCAACAUUCAUUAUUACAAUAAUAAUAAUAAUUUAUUUAUUUUUAGCACUACUAGCAGUUGUUAAAAUCACCAACAUUAACCAGGGGCCUAUUCGUAAAAUAAGAUAA